UGUUCCUUUAAGUGCGCAGGAUCAGAUCACGGUGACGCUCUGCCUCUCGCGCCUGCCGCAGCCUAAUGAGCCUCGCCUCUUACUGCAGUCUCACAACAAAACAAAAGGCCUUAAAAUCCGCGACAUAUGUUAAGAAACGAUAGACCAGCGCAACCAAAAUGACGGAGACCACUAAAACACAUGUCAUUUUGCUGUCAUGUGGAAGUUUCAACCCCAUCACGAAGGGACACAUUCAUAUGUUCGAAAAAGCCAGAGCGUACCUACACAAGACUGGACGAUUCAUUGUGAUUGGGGGUAUCAUCUCACCUGUACAUGAUUCCUAUGGCAAACCGGGCCUUGUCUCAAGCAGACAUCGUCUCACCAUGUGUCAGCUGGCAGUUCAGUCUUCUGAUUGGAUCAGAGUGGAUCCUUGGGAGAGCUAUCAGGACACCUGGCAGACCACUUGUAGCGUUUUGGAGCAUCACCGAGACCUAAUGAAGAGAGUCACAGGAUGCAUUUUGUCCAACGUCAACACACCUUCCACAACCCCUGUGAUUGGUCAACCCCAAAAUGGGACGUCUCCUAUUUAUCAAAACACAGUCAACAAGUCUGUAGCUAUUAAGCUUUGGGGAAAGAUGAGCGAAAGUCUGGGUAAAAUCUGCUGUGUUCGCCCACACAUGGAACGUUAUACCUUUGUUGAUGAAAAUGCCAACCUUGGUACUGCAAUGCGCUAUGAGGAAAUCGAGUUGCGUAUCCUGCUCCUUUGUGGCAGUGAUCUCCUGGAAUCUUUCUGCAUCCCCGGCUUAUGGAAAGAAAGUGAUAUGGAAGUGAUUGUGGGGGAUUUUGGGAUAGUGGUGGUUCCUCGGGAUGGAGUUGACACAGAAAGGAUAAUGAACCAUUCAUCAGUGCUCCGCAAGCAUAAGGACAGUAUAAUUGUGGUAAAGGAUGAAAUCGAUCACCCGAUGUCAGUCGUCAGUUCCACCAAGAGCAGACUGGCUCUUCAGCACGGUGACGGUCACGUGGUGGAAUACCUGAGCCAGCCCGUCAUCGACUACAUCCUGCAGAGUCAGCUCUACAUCAAUGCCUCUGGAUAGGAUGGGGAAGUCCACUUCCGAGCCGUCAGUCAUCCCUGUCUGUCUCUCUGUGUGUAAUCUAGAGUAUAAUCCUCCUGUGCUACCACUGCUUUUCCAUGUAGAGGAGCAUUAAUCUGUCCUCCCCUCUUACCCGUGUCUCAUUGGGAUGUACAGCACUGUGCCUGAGGGAUCUGCUCCACCAAUCAGCUUUAAGGGACUGGGUGGGCUUAGGUGCCCAAUAGGAGGAAAAGGAGAAAGCCUCGAUACCACUAUGACAGAAAAAGAGUGUUUUUGAUUGAAUUAGAUAAUUCAUUGCCUGCUAUAAUGUCAGUCUUUGCUGUUGAUUUAAUAGUCUCUGUACUUGUAGUUGCAUGCCUAAAGGUUUUCUUUCAGCGCAUGAGUGUUUAAAACACCACGUAGACUGUAGUCUGUGGUUACAGUGUUUGAAAAAAAAAACUGUGCUUUGACUCAUCUCAUCUUUAAAUACAUUUUCUACUCAUCCUUCAACUGUAUGUACAGAGAUCAUCUCAUAUGCUGUAUUAUGGCUCAAUGUUUUGUCUUCAAUGUGCAUUCACGUAUACGUGGAGUAUUUGCUUGCACAUUAAAGAAUGCGAUUUCAUUUCCUUUGCUUUCGUGCACAUUUACUUCUCACAGAGCUCCUUUGCUUAACAUUAACUUGCUAGCAUGCCACGGAUGUGGUGUCUAGUGAAGCCAGUCACUGCCUGUGAAUCAAACCAUUCGUUUCAGGAUGAGAUUCCUUGCACUUUGUUUUGUGAGAUCGUUCGAGCUUUCUGUUCAGACAAGAAAAAAAAAAAUGCUUUUUAAUUAUAGCUACUUUUUUUUUUAAAGCCGUUUGAUGGUUGGAACAUUAUUAUUUGAGCUGCUGCACAUCUAACACAACCUUUAUAAAGGAAUCAACGUUUAUUUGAUCUGAGCAAUAACAGGUUCAGCGAAUUCUGUAAAUUGUGCAUAAAUGAUUUUGAGCGGCUUUGUGAGUUUAUGGGAGGCUCCGGCUUUAUGAUAUGAAGAAGACUUCUAUAUAUUACUGUGAUUAUUGUUUUACAUAUGAUAAUGCUUUAUAAGUCUCCGGUAAAACAUGAUGAUUCAUUUUAAACCAGAGACUCUUUAAAGUAAAAGCCAGAAUUUGAAUCUUUAAAUAUGUAAAGCCUAUGAAAAUACUGAGACUGUAACUUUAUUAGACAUUCCUUGUGUAACCACUUCAUACCCAGCGUUUACUUUACUGUACCUCAUAUGCUGAUGGUUAUGUUCGUUAAUGACACAGACAUUAAAGGAGAAAUAUAAUACCCCCAUUUCAUAUUUUGAAUGGAUUAUAUUUCUCAAAUAAACAGAGAAUUAUUAAACACACACUGAUACCUCACUGUUUGUUUAGCAACAUAAAUGCAUGAAUUUUGUUUUCAUUUUCAUUGAGCAGUAACCAUAGCAACUGGUAUAUGAGGAAUCACUAGAAGAUGUAAUUCUCUCUCGACGUUAAUUCAUUAAACAAUAGUGGGAAACACAACACAAAUGAUAUAUUUUUUCAUGCUGUAUUUUUCUGUAGCUCUACA